AUGUCGCUGCCGACCUCAAGGAGUUGCCACAUCCCCAUGCUGAGGGACUUGCUCCUCCUCACUCUAGCGGCGAAUGCGAUCGCGUCACAUUCGACGUCGGUUGCUAAGAUGCAACCAAGCUCUCUGGCUAGAGACAGAAGAAUGAUGCCGAAUGGGCUCGAAAGUAAUACUGUCGGAGACGCAAACACCUCGCCUUUCAUCGAAGGAUUGAAGAACAGCUUGGCAUCGGGACUGGCUUCUGCUGCAGGAAAGGGAGUAUGGGAGGCUGGUAGACGCGUUGUGAAGGAAAGCGGAUUCUGUUCUCUGUUUACGAGGGGUCUCGAUGUGACACUGAUAGGGUCUGUCCCCUCGACGGCUGUCUAUUUUGGGGUUUAUCAAUUCUUGAAACGGAAGUUUACCCAGCAACUUGGUCUGGAGUACAAGUUGACAGCAGUUGCCUUGAGCGCAUCCACUGCAAACUUCAUUGCAGCCUUCUUCAGGGUGCCAACGGAGAUCGUCAAGCAGCGAGUGCAAGCUGGGAUGUACCCAGAUGCAACCUCUGCACUGAAGCUAAUCUUUGCCGAUGGAGGUUUUCUGGCGUUUUUCGAAUUGCGCUCUGUGAUGGUGCAAGUUUUUCGUGAUAUUCCUUAUGCCGUUGUGAUGCUUCUAACCUACGAGAUCCUGCAUAGCCUUUUCAGAACAAAUGUUUUCGAAACGGAAGCAAAGCAAGGGAGGGGGGACGAUAGCAAUCUUGCGGCUAAAACAGCAACAGCAAGCGUGAAGGGUCUCUGGAUCGGCGCGACUGCAGGAGCUCUUGGAGCCCUGGUGACAACGCCGUUAGAUGUGGUCAAGACACGAUGGUUGGUAGACCGCAAGCAGUAUCGAGGAUUGGUGGACGUCAUCGUACGAACAUGGUUACACGAAGGUCCUGCCGCUUUCUUCAAGGGGGCUGUUCCACGUGUAGCUCAGAAAAUUCCCUCUAGUUCCAUAUUCUUCCUCCUUUACGAGCUCUUCAGAACCAUUUUUGGUGUGAAGCGAUGA